GGUGGUGGUAUACCCCUGGUCCCAACUACUUGUGAGGCUGAGGCAGGAGGAUAGCUUGGGCCCAGGAGGUGGAGGCUGCAGUGAGCUGUGAUUGUGCUACUGCACUCCAGCCUGGGCAACAGAGCAAGACCCCCAUGUCUAAAUAAAAAUACCCAGGCCAUGGCAGCAGAAAGCAAGGAGGAAGCCACGUGGAAGCCCUCCUGGUGCUUCUUCCAGGGAGGUGAGCAGAGAGCACCUGGGGCCAGGAGGCGGCAUGCCUGGGUUUCUGCUCCUCCUCACUGUAACUUUCAGCCAAGUCAAACUUCUAGAGUUUCAGUUUCUUUAUCUGUGAAAUGACGGGGCUGGCACAGAUGGUUUCUAAGAUCUCUCCCAGGCCUGGAACUUCUAAGCGAUUAGGUCAAAGGAAAAAGGCAGAACGUUCCUCCGCUGGCGCCAGCCAAUCAGCAGGACUCCUGCCUUCCUUCGGGGCAAGGUCGCAGCAUCUGCCUCGGAAAUCACGGGGCUUCUUUCUGCUGGCUCAGCCGGGAGGCCCAGAGUGUUCUGCAGAGGCUGCGUAUUGAAGGCUGCUCUCUGAAGCUCCCUGCCCCAGGUCACGCCGCUGGUUCCAGAUGAAUCCAGUGUGGGGGCAGGCCUUCGUGCACGUGGCCGUGGCCGGCAGCCUCUGUGCCGUUGCUGUGUUCACGGGCAUUUUUGACAGUGUCUCCGUGCAAGUGGGCUAUGAGCACUACGCUGAGGCGCCGGUGGCCGGCCUCCCCGCCUUCCUGGCCAUGCCGUUCAACUCACUGGUGAACGUGGCCUACACGCUGCUAGGGCUGUUCUGGCUGCACAGGGGCGGCGCAGUGGGUCUGGGUCCCCGCUACCUGAAGGACGUGUUCGCAGCCAUGGCCCUGCUCUAUGGCCCCGUGCAGUGGCUGCGCCUGUGGACGCAGUGGCGCCGUGCCGCCGUGCUGGACCAGUGGCUCACCCUGCCCAUCUUUGCAUGGCCUGUGGCCUGGUGCCUCUACCUAGACCGCGGCUGGCGGCCCUGGCUGUUCCUCUCUCUUGAGUGCGUCUCCCUGGCCAGUUAUGGCCUCGCUCUGCUGCAUCCCCAGGGCUUCGAGGUUGCACUGGGUACUCACGUGGUGGCCGCUGUGGGGCAGGCGCUGCGCACCCACAGGCACUAUGGCAGCACCACCUCGGCCACCUACUUAGCUUUGGGGGUGCUCUCUUGCCUGGGCUUUGUGGUCCUCAAGCUGUGUGACCAUCAGCUCGCACGGUGGCGUCUCUUCCAGUGCCUCACAGGCCACUUCUGGUCCAAGGUCUGUGACGUGCUCCAGUUCCACUUUGCGUUUUUGUUUCUGACGCAUUUCAACACUCAUCCAAGAUUCCAUCCCUCUGGCGGGAAGACGCGUUAAACUGUGGGAAGAACCUGCUGAAAACCGAUGACCCCCAGCAUUGAAACGGACUCUGAGAUGGCAGCGUGGUGCCAGUGUCAGGCAUCCUGCGUGUGAUGAUAUGCACUGAUCACACAGGACUGCCCUUUCCUGAGGAGCUGCGGGCUUCGGUGUGGAGGGGUGGAGUGCUGUGAUCUCGACAACUUACUUUCAAAGACAUAAAGCACAGAUCUCGACACAGGGGAUGUGGGUGUUCCUGAUGUAAUUCGCAUAACUUUUCUGUAGUUUGAAAUGUUUCCAAAUAAAUAUUGGCAAGGGGAGUGGAAAUGA